CACCUGAGUUAUAUAUAUAUAAGUUAUAAUAUACUUUUCACAAGUAUGCCCGAUGCACUUACCACCCAUAGGCUAUAGCUAUCUGCUAUGCAUAUAUGCAUUUAAAAUAAUUUAUAUGUAUAUACGCGGGACAGGAGGGCAGUGAAAACUUUUUACUUUUAACAUCAACUUUAAACUCGAUUGUAGCUACGGCAAUAAUUUAUUUCAAUGCGCCAAAAAAUGAAGAUACUUCACUUACUUGCUAAAUGUGGAGGAGCAGGUAAAUUCUGGAUUUCCACGUUGGCGGCCAUAUUGGAUUUCAGCGCGACAUGAAGCAAGGUGCGGUUACUAAGGAAGAAGAAGAAUGUCGAGUUGUUAUUUAGAUGGUUGGAAUUUAUUAUUUUGUUGUUCUAGAAAGAAACCUGCACAUAAUCAAGUACCUUGUCAAGAGGAAACACAGGAUGUUGUGUUAGAUAAGCAAUUUAUCGGUGAUGAAGUUGUGAUUGUAAAAUCAGAUUUAAGAAUUUGUGGUUGUGGUGCUGCUCUUGCUACAGGUCCUCUAGUUCAAAAUAAAGCCUAUUUUGAAGUUAAGGUACAAUGUGGAGGUGUUUGGGGUGUAGGCUUGGCCUCCAGAAAAUGUGAUCUGAAUUGUUUACCUUUGGGUAAUAAUGAUGAAAGUUGGGUAUUAAGAUCUGAUGGUGGUAUAUGUCAAAGUGGUAAAGUGGUUCAUCAACUAAAUGUUAUUCCUGAUGACGGUGAUAUUAUUGCUUGCACCUACAACCAUGCAGAGUUAUAUUUUUAUAUUAAUGGAUGUCAGGUUGAAUUUCCUCUCACUGGAAUAAGAGGAACAGUUUAUCCUGCUGUUUAUGUUGACGAGGGUGCAAUCCUGGACGUUAUUUUUAAAAACUUUUGUUAUCCACCACCUGAUGGAUACAGCAGAAUUUUGUUUGAAAAAUCUCUUCUCUAAACUAUCUAAAUGUAUUUAUCACUUUCAUCAUAAUUGGGUUAGAGGCAGGAUGACAAGAAGAUAGGGGAGUGACCCUGCUUAAAGUAAAGAACACAUCCGAAGAAAGGCUUAAUAAAUGGACCUUAUAUUAUAGGUUGAAAUACGAAGUCCUAUGUAAAAAAAUAUGUAGCCUGCUAUGCAUUCUGCAUUUCUAAAAAUUAUACAUAGUAAAACGUAAAUAUAAGGACAAGAAACACACGUUUUAUUCUCACCCAGACCAAUAGAAAUUUACUCGACUCGAGUCCCUUUAAAUUGGCAAUUCUACUGUGAAAUGUUAAAUUGUCUUUUGUGAGAAAAAGUGAAUACUGUGUUUGGUUGUCCAAAGAACGUCUCUAUGGGCGCUGAAAAGCGGCUAAAAUGGUCAACUGGUCAUAUUUUGAAUUUAAUAAAGUUUGUAUUUCGUUAGGAAGUGUAGCGGUAAAACUGCAUCUCAAUUCCGUUCCACAAAUGAA